AUGGCGUCGGGGCCUGAAGAUCGACCAUGGCACGCACCAGUGGGUUGGGUCACGCUCUACGAAGCGUGGUUCAGCCUUUGUCAUCUCUGGAUGCCUCUGCCGAGGUUGUUGACGGAUUACGUCCAUUGUCGAGGCAUUGCGUUCUCGCAAAUCCUUCCAGCGGGGAUUCGGUUCAUGGUCGCGGCCCUGUUAUUUGGGAGCGAGGUUGGGGUCGACGUGGACUGGCGUUUCUUCGAGGAGAUGACUACGGUUCAGAAGAACAACUCGAUCCCGGGCACAUAUACGAUAAAGGCAAGGAAAGACUGUUCCUUGGUUUAUCCCGUCAACAGGACGCCAAGCUGGGAGGCGUCUUUCUUUUUCGCCAAAGUGGACGAGGCGUUGGUCGUCGAUACGACCAGAGAUUUUAGGAACGAGUGGAGCCAUAGCAUCGAUCGAAACGUCCAGCUCGAAGCUUUCCCGGAGAAUUUCCACGUGAAUAUCCAGAAGAUUAGGGCUGUUGGGAUACAACAUUGGCCUGACAUUCAUCGCCGAAGAGUCGAGGCUGCCAUUUCUCGUAUUACGAACACUAGUUGGAGAAGAGAAAAUUCUCUAAGGGAGAGAGCGAUUGCGAUGGCUCCUAUUCAAGUCAACGCGCCCAGCCUCGCUGCACGCUUGAAGGCCAAGAAGAGCGGGAGUAAGGAUCGAGGUCCUUCCGCAUCUCGGCCUGCACGCACAGAUCCAGUGCCGACCCAAGAAGAGGUUGAGGUCGUUACUCAACGCGACGUAAAUCUCGAGGCCGCAACAGAAGGUGGGGUCGAGGCUCAGAGUGCCGAUGACCAAUCAGCGAGGCGCGAGGAGAAGAAACAAAAGAAGAGGAAACGCGAGGAGAAGAAACGGAAGGAGGAAGCCGAGGCUGCUCGCCUCGCCGAGAAGAAGAAGUUCGCCGAGGCUAAGGCGAAAGGAAAAAAGAAGAAACCUUCCGGGGAUGGUGACGAGGGCGGUCAAGUUGGAUCGGAGGCUGCGAGCAAACGGCCUAGGGUUGAUCCAGCUGGCGACGACAAAAUCAAGGAGAUCGACUGGAGCUUCAAGUUUGAAUACCCUGAGUCGAGUGAGCCGUUUGUCAACAACGUCGACAAAUGUGCUGAGCUAUUUGGGAUGAUAAGAGGCUCCACUUCCGAGGUCCCUCCUGGUACCGAUGGGGCUUUCAAGGAUAUGGCGAGCUUCGCCUUCAAGUUCAUUGCGAGCUGCAAUCGCGCGAGGGGGCAAUACAUGCGCUGGCUCCGGAAUGGUGCAGCUCGGCUGAAGGAUGCCCAGGCUGCUGGGGAAAGAGCGGUGAAGGAACGUGACUCCGCUAUCGAGCAGCAAAAGGUUGCCGAGGAUAAUUGGCAAACGAUGAAAAGAAAGGCGGAACAGCUCAAUGCCGGGGUGAAGGAGCUGACAGAUAAGAUCGAGGCGAUGAAGCAGGAGAAUCUGGACUUAGUCAACAAUCUUCAAAUUGUUAAUGAGGCUAAGAUCCAGGUCGAGAAGUCGAUCGCCAUUGAGGUCGUCCGGGCACAGCGACAAGCUGAUGAGAGGAUCGAAGCAGAGACGAACCGAAUUUGGGCGGAUGCCGAGGAGGCGAUUGAGAAGGUUAAGCUCGAUCUGGUUCAGGCUCGAGGUACAUUGGAGUGCCUUGAUCUCUUGAAGGAGCAAGAGGCGUCCGAAGCAGAGUUGAGAGCUGAGCUGGAAUCGUCGAAGCGCGAUUGCGAACAGAAGCUCGAGAACCUCAGCUUCACGGACCUCGAGGAAGGCGACUUGCCUCCGGCUUACCCUGAAACUCCAGAUGAUGGUUCGGAUCGAGAUGAUGCUGAGGACGAAGAGAACCGCGAGGGCGGCAGCGAGCCUGAAGACUAG